UCAGCACUCUUGUACUACGUCGGUUGCACGCUUGGCAUCGCAGCUAAUAGCUACCCCGUCAAUGUUCGAAUGCCCGGCGCUUCGCUCUUUCGUCUUGCCAGAGAUCGUCAAUCAUCUCGGGGUCUUCCGUGGGCUCGUAUGAGUCGUUUCUUGCGACCGACUGGUGGAAACUUCAAUGUUCCCAUCAUUGAACUUGAACUAUUGUCUGGUGAAUUGCCUUACGAAGAUUCUACGAAAACAAUUCAUGACCUCGCUGCGAUGCGACUGGACGCUUGUGCUCAUUCGAUCAUAAUGAAAGCCUUUUUCGAUGACAUUUCGAAGCUUGCAAGCAAGGUUAUAAAGAGUACCGAAGAUCCUUCAGCCGCCACGUCAUUUGACAUCUCGAAAGAGUUCGGUACCACCAUACUGUCACUGAACAAGGCAUGCGACAGUGUCGCCGACCAAGCUUUGGAAUGGACGGGGGAUUAUGACAGGAUCUACCAAAAGCAAUACAUGGGUGAUGACCCCGAUCUCACAAAUCAUGCCUUCGAACUGCAGAAAGCAGCCCCUUCAAAUAUUGUCAGGUUCGAAGUCUCCUACGACUUCGCCGUGGACUCGCUUUUGGCUGAGACCAAGGUCAAUGACGGCAUUCGGUUUGGUGGCUUCGGUCGCAAUAAGAAAUCGAUCUUUCUAGACGAUGAUGAAGUGAUCACGGGAGCUUCAUGGAAUACAGGGAUUCUAACCGAGGAUGCUACCAAGAAAGUCAUUUUCAACUUGAUUAUCAAUACCACGGAAAGAAGGCUAGGGCCAUUUGGUACGGGUGGCGGUAAGAUCAAGGCAAAUGCCGAGAAACAAAUCUUUAAGGUCCCUGAAAAGAUGAAAGUAUAUGGUCUUGUUGAUUCGGCUGGUAAAUAUAUCGAGCAUCGAGGCGAUGUUAUCAUGGAGAGUGGGAGAUUCAUCGCGGAGCUUAGGUUCAUUGUCGGUCCUGCAGAAUAGCAUCUUGGUCAC